GAACUGCUAACGUUUAAUGGUAUUUUCUCACAGACAAACACAGUCAUGUUCCCCAACACCAAUCAGGAGACAACCCACAUGGAGCAGAUCAUCUUUGCCAAGGCAACAACCAUUUAUUAUGUCACCAAUGCACGUUCAAUAUGGAGAGCAUUAUACUGAAACAAACACCUCGCAAGAUAGCAUUUACCAUGGCAAUGAGGAAAGAUUCUACUGCAGAUCUCAGUCUAGUUUGGACAGAUGUCCAAUGGAAUAUAAUUACAUGAAUGGAACUGUGCCAAAUGGCAGUGUGUAUAGUGCUUCUAGCAUGAACUCAUUGAAUCAUUCACAAAACUUCAUCCAGGCAUCGCCAGUGUCCUCUAACCUCAGCAUUCCUGGAAGUGACAUCAUGCGUGCAGAUUACAUCCCCAGCCACAGGCACAGUGCUAUCAUUGUGCCCUCAUAUAGGCCUACGCCUGACUAUGAGACUGUAAUGAGGCAAAUGAAACGAGGCGUCAUUCAUAUGGAUUGUCAAAGUCAGUCAUUGAGAAACCUUAAUAUUGGAAAUACUCAUGCAUACAAUCAGCCGGAACCUAUGGUUUACAGUCAACCAGAGAUCAGGGAGCGAUCACAAUAUCCCUCUCGAUAUGGGUCAAAGCACAGUUACAACAAACCUGUAGCCGCUUCUGCUCAACAAAAUGCCAGCCAUCCAACAUCUACCCGACCAGCAAAUAGUGCAAUCUCACACACAGUAAGCACACCAGAGCUUGCCAAUAUGCAGUUACAAGGUACUCAGAAUUACAGUACUACCCACAUGUUGAGAAACCAUUUUUGUAGACCACCCCCUCCGUAUCCACGUCCUCGGCCUGCCACCAGUACGCCAGACCUUGCCAGUCACCGCCAUAAGUACGUUAGUGGCAGUAGCCCUGAUUUAGUCAGUCGACGAGUCCAGCUCUUUGUGAAAACAUUUCAAGAAGACAGUUCACCUGUCGUGCACCAGUCCUUGCAGGAAGUCAGUGAACCCCUCACAACAGCCAAACAUCAUGCAGCUGUUAACAAACGUCACAGCCUAGAGGUAAUUAGCAGCAUGGUACGAGGUAUGGAGGCCAUGGCAUUGAAAACUUUAAGUGCUUCAGUCCCUCAGCGUAGGAACACCAUGCGUGACCAACGGUGUCAAGAUGACCAAGUCCAAGAGGCUCAACAGCAACCUUCGUUUCAUCACAAGAAGACCUUGUCAGAUGCCACAAUGCUAAUUCACAGCAGUGAAAGUGAAGAUGAAGAAGAGACCCCUGACUAUGAUGUCCAAAUACCAACAUUUAAUGACAAUAUGGACUAUCGAGCCCAGCUGCAGGCAGCAUUGGCAAAAAUACCAAACAAACCCCCUCCUGAAUACCCAGGAAACAAAAAAAGUAUAAGCAAUGGAGCCUUAAGACAGGAACAAGCUAAAAUUUCAGAGUUUAUUAUCAGGACCAAACUGCCAGGUCCUGAACUGGAUACAUUCUUACGUAAUGAACAGAUGACACUUAAUGGGUCAUCGCUCGGGCCGUCCAUUUCUGAGCCUGAUCUCACCAGUGUGAAAGAGCGUGUCAAAAAGGAGCCAGUCAAAGAAAGACCUGUAUCAGAACUGUUUUCUACUGAAGAUAGCAUUGUGGAAAGGGAAAUCAUGUUGAGGAAUUUAGAAAAGCAGAAACUGGCAGCAGCAGAAGCCCAAAAGAUAGGGCCACUGAAGUGGGCGGCACUCAAUGGACUCUCAAUGGCCAGGGUUCCAGUGCUCGAGGACAGUCAAGAUGACUCUUCAAAAGUCCCAAUGGACGAAAGGGUGAGCAUACUUCAAGCAGUGAAAGAAAUUGUACUGUUUAGAGGAAUAAUCUUCCUGUUUGCAACCUUCUUAUGUUGCUCAAUUCAACUUGUUUGUAAAUUCAUAGACUCAGGAGUGAACAUGAUCCACAUAUUACUUCAGACAAAAGCAGAAAUAGUAACAUCAGUAGUUCACAUUGAUCAUAUAAUGUUCAGAGGAAUCAUCCUGCUUGUCAUUUGCUAA